CUUCCUCUAAGUUCCAUUUCUUUAUAUACAAACCCCUGCUUGCCCCUUCGUUUUCCAUCCUCGCAUGUUUGCUUAACGAUAUUACAACAACACAGAGCUUGGGUUUCCACAUUUCAGGAGUGCUCAAAUUUUGGGUUUUUAUGCCUGUUGGGUGGUGAUGAUGGAGGCUGAACGGUGCUUUCCAUCUUAUUAUAACGUUCUAGGAGUUAAGGUGGGUGCUUCUUCUGAAGAUAUCAAGCGUGCUUAUCGAAAGCUUGCAAUGCAAUGGCACCCGGAUAGGUGGACAAGAACACCUUCUCUAUUGGGUGAAGCUAAGCGUAAAUUCCAGCAAAUUCAAGAAGCCUAUUCUGUUUUAUCAGACCAGAGGAAGAGAACUGUGUACGAUGCAGGCUUAUAUGAUCCUGAAGAUGAAGAGGAUGAGUUAUGUUUACAGGGCUUUUCUGAUUUUGUAGCUGAAAUGAUCUCUCUCAUGGCCCAAACCAGGAAAGAGGAGAAAGAUUGCAGCCUCGAGGAGUUACAAAAAAUGCUCUGGGAUAUGGCACAAGGAUUUCAGUCACCUUCAUGCUUUUGUGGAUCAUUUGAAGAUUCUGGGAGCUCUAAGAGAACAAAAUGGGAUUCAAGUGGGAUGAGUGGUAGACACUCACAUCUAGGUGCAACAAGGCUCAAUAUGUAUGAAACCAGAACUUACUGAAGUUACCCCUGGCACUUCAUUGAUCCUCAAAACAGAUGAACGGCGGUGAAUCCUUUUGAGCUUCUAAUUCUUUGGAAAGCAAGCCUAGAAUGAAUAGGGACGGUCACACUUGUUGGAUUCUGUUGACUGACGUCUAGUAUUUGGGGUUUGGACUUAUAAUUUUGCCAUGGCAUGUUGUUUUUA